UAAGCAAUGACGAAGGGGACGUGUUUGACUCCCGCAAGUUUCACAUGCCAGCGCCCAAACCCCCAACCAGGGUUAAUCAGCAUCCUUAGUUCACCAUAGAACUUCUAUAGACAUAUGACCAAACCAAAGGUGCUUGGCUGUGUGGUUGGUGGUCGUUGUCCGGGACCGGCUGGUUGACCCGGCACGACUUCUAGCAAGCAAACUGUAUAGAACAACCCAUAAGGCACAAAUGGUGCGAUGUCGGCUCUUGUAAAUUUCUGCAAGGAAAUUGUGCAGCGACCGCUGGACUGAGCGCCCGGCGCAGCGAUGGGACAUCGACGGGGGCCCUCCGUUAUUACCGCGGCGACAGCGGGAAAGCUUUUGCCCCUUGUGGAGGAUGGCAUCUAUAGGCUUGAUGGCAACAGCCGGAUGGCCAGCAAGGUGCAGGCCUGGACCAACCCCGUAUACGAUGUGACAGCCAGCCAGACAACUGCGGCUCCUGGUGAUGCGACAAUCACAGUCCAGCCCCAACGUGAGACGGACCUAACCGAGGAGAUGUUUCCGAGCGGCAAGGGCAUGCUGCGACGCAUGUCCUACCAGUUUGGUGGGGUGAUGGUGCUCAUCGUGGCGCACAUCAUGGUCACUGUCUACACCGACCCCAUAUACCUGAAAUCCCCGCUGACGCAAGUCAUCGUCUACAGCGCCCAGGGCGGCCUGCUACUCGCCAUCAUCGGUGGCUUCUUCGUGCUUACCAGCCAGACGCUGUACAUCCGCCUGGGUCGCUACGACCUCUACCUUCGGGAGUUCGCCGUCAUUUACAUCUUGUUCGUGAUAGAGGCGUUGCUGUACAUAGCCAUGAAGGCUUACGCGACAGUGUUGUUGUACCGCCGGAUGUCCUACCUGGCGCUGUGGGGCGCCCCCGGCUACACCCCGCUGUGGGUGGUCCAGCGGGUGAUGCUCAUGCUGUUCUGGGUGGCUGCGCUGUACAGCUCCCUUGGGGUGUUCGACGUGCGCUACUUUGACCCGGAGUUGCUGUUCGGGCAGCAGCUCAAGGCGCGGGAGCGCCGGCGCGGAGGGCUCCGAGUGGCGGCGGCGGCGACCGGCGGCAGCGGGUGAUAGAGGGAGGGAUGGAGGCGCUAGUGUUGGUAUAGUGGCCGUAUAGUGGUGGGUGGGUGGCACCGUAGGCGGUUAAAGGGGCAUGCAACAGACGGAGCUGUGACUGAGGAAUGAGCGUGAAGAAGGAAGGUACGAGUGCAUGAAGGAUGGUACGAGGAGGGAGAUGAGAAUACGGAGCAGCGUUCGUUCUCGCCGUGGCUGUGGAUGGCCGCGUGCUGUAUGGGAUGGGAAGCACUGCGGAGGUGCGGGCAGGCAUGUUGUGCGGCCCGACAAACCUACCGCCCUGCCUCCCUUCCUUCCGCCCCACGAGUGUGAACCGGCUGUGUGAACCGGCCGGUGCCUGCAGUCCAGAUGGCAUCAGUAGCAGCCGCCGAAGUGAGCAGCUUUAGCGGUUGAACUGGUAGAUGUGGUGAGGAUGAGCAAUAAACGAUGUCGAGGUACAAAACUGUAGCUGAAAGUUGUACUUUUUUUAUCUGAAAUGAAUGACCUGUGGGCUAAUGAAACCCGGCAUCUCAAGCGGCAUGCGAAAAGAUGUAUGCAAUGUGCGAACGAUGUGCCUUGUGUGGUAAAAGGUGCAGAAGACAGAUGGCAAGAUAUGCGAGGCGGAAGAAUUUCAGGAAGUGUCCCGGGGGGGAAGUAUUGACAAGUAAUUAGCAAAGUAUGUGGAGGAUGGGCGGCCGUCACUACCGUUUGUGAUUCUUGGCUCCGUGGCGUUGGAUUCUGGAUUUGCUAUUACUGCAAUAGGGCUCUGUGCCGCAAUAGGCUGCCUCCCUCCAGUUCCGGUAAGGCAGCCUAUUGCCUUACCGGAACUGGAGGGAGGCAGCCCGGAUGGUUUGGCCCCCUGCAGAGAUGGCAAAGGAUGGCAAUGGCGCUUGCCACGCCGCGGUGUUGCUGUCCGUAACAUCCAUAACACGCACAACCCUUUUUCGCGCCCAAACGUGACCUCGCAGUUGCAUCAACAGGCGCGCGCGCGCGUGUGGGGCUAAAACUAACGCUGCAAACGUUGUGCGUAUCCACGUACCUGAAUGCCUAUUCAUUACACGGCAUGCAAACACAGCAGGCGCAACAGGACAAAACACUUUCAAACGCUACACCUCG